CAGUGCAGUAAGCGCGCCGCGGAUGUUCGCAUAUCGCGUCAUCGAUUCCAUAUUUGAAUGAAAAUUUUGAAAGACGAAAAAAUAGUGUACUUUUAUGGCCAGUCUUAUGAUAACUCAAACAAUCAGAAUAAGAACAUUUUUAUUUUUAAGAUCUUGUGUAAUAAAUUGCGGAGAAAUCACAACAAGAAAAAUGAACAUACCGCUGGAAAAUGUCUAAUUAAAAAAAAAUACUAGAUUUAUUAUAAAUAAGUCUAAAUAAAAUGUCAUUCAUUUAGACGGAGUAGUUCAUCAACCCACUCAUAUGCACAGAGACGGAUCAAACGUAUUCAGAGAUUCACUAAAACUACGACAAAAACUAUUAAAAAGGACGACGACAUACUUCAAAGUGGUAGAAUUCGUAAAAAAAGACGCGAUACGGUAUUUUACGUAUGAUUACGAAAUACAUCAAUCAUAGUAUAAAAUAUUAUGAACAUAUUCAUAGGUAACAAUUAUCACUCUAAAAAUCUUGUUAAAUUGAAAUUUAUUUGAUUUCAAUAAACUAAUAAAUAGACAAUAAACGAUUAAUAUAGGUAGAGAAAAAAAAAAUACCCAGACACGAAAUUAAAAAAAUAAAAUCCAUUAACCAAAGAAAAAAUUUAAAUAUUCUUUUCUUUUAAAUUUUUAAAAAUCGAACUAAUUAUGGCGGCAAAAGCAGAACCUAUUGGACCUCGGAAUGGACAUGAGUUAGCUCCGUUGAACACACGGGCGGACGGGAGUGAGCGGCCGCAUGGUGUCACCAUAGUACUGCAAGGAUCCAGGGGAUCUUUGCAGAGAGAUGUGCCUGGCGAGGACAGAGCGGCCUGGUCUGGGAAAGUGCAAUUCUUUCUUUCCAUCAUCGGAUACUCUGUGGGAUUGGGGAACAUAUGGAGGUUUCCAUAUCUAUGUCAGCAAAAUGGUGGAGGAGCGUUUUUAAUCCCGUUCCUCAUAAUGCUGGUGCUCGAAGGCAUCCCGCUGUUCCUGAUCGAGAUGGCGAUUGGACAGAAGAUGAGGCUUGGUUGCCUGGGUGUGUGGAACACCAUCCACCCGUGGCUGGGCGGCAUCGGCAUAUCGAGCUGCGUGGUCACGCUCUUCGUAGCUCUUUACUACAAUGUCAUCAUAACUUGGGUCUUCUUCUACCUCUUUAAUAGUAUUCGGCUAACAGGCGACCAGUUGCCUUGGGCGCACUGUCCCCAAGACAAUGGCACAGCUGAAAUAGAAUGCAACAAAGCCUCAGCCACUGUCUACUUUUGGUACCGUGAAGCGCUAGAUGCGUCACCCAGUAUCGAUGAGCCAGGCGUGCCCCGUUGGUGGAUAGUGCUGUACCUUCUGUUGGCAUGGAUCAUCGUGUUUUUUAUCGUUAUGAAAGGAAUCCAAAGCAGUGGCAAGGUGGUAUACUUCACUUCGUUGUUCCCUUACGUCGUGCUGACUAUAUUUUUCAUACGUGGAAUCACUCUACCAGGCUCAUCUGAUGGUAUACUGCACAUGUAUAAACCUAAAUUGGAGAAACUACUACAACCAACAGUGUGGUUGGACGCGGCGACACAAGUCUUUUACUCCUUCGGGCUCGCAUUUGGUUCCCUCAUUGCGUUCGGCUCCUACAACCCUCCGAACAACAACUGCGUGAGAGAUGUACUCCUUGUGUCUGUUUGCAACGCUCUCACCGCUAUCUACGCGUCGGUGGUCAUAUUCAGCAUUCUGGGCUUCAAGGCAUUUACAAUGACCGAGAGCUGUAUUACCAAACAAAUAAAGAUCUUGGCGUUGCACCACAUCGGAGGGUUCCAGCUGAACUCCACCCACGACUACUACCGGCAGGAGUUCCCCAAGAUCAACGAAAAUAUCACCUCUGCGUUAAACCUUACCGAAUGCACCAUCGGUCAACAACUUGAGCAGGCAGCAGAAGGCACCGGAUUAGCCUUCAUAGUGUUCACGCAAGCGAUUCUGAAGCUGACGCCGGCACCGUUUUGGUCAAUCACGUUCUUCUUGAUGCUCCUAUCGCUUGGAUUGGGCAGCCAGAUCGGAAUUAUGGAGGGGAUGCUAGCCUGCAUCUUCGAUAUCGACUUCUUCAAACGGCUCACCAAACCGAUGAUUACAGGCGUGGUAUGUACGUUCUGCUUCACCGUGGGCAUGAUCUUCACUACCGGCGCCGGCGAGUACUGGCUCAAGAUGUUCGACUCGUUCGCCGGCACCAUCGGGCUGGUGGUCGUUGCGCUGCUAGAGAUGAUCGCGGUCAUCUACAUAUAUGGACAUGAGAAGUUCACAAACGACAUCUACGAGAUGACGGGCUACCGGCCCGGGCUGUACUGGCAGGUGACCUGGCGUUACGUGGGGCCGUUCAUCGUCACCGGCAUCCUCAUCUCCUCAGUCGUCUCCAUGCUUAUCUCGCCGCCCGAGUACAGUGCUUGGGAUGCUGCUGAGGGUCACACUGUGAAGAAGAGCUAUCCGGACUGGGUUUUGGGCAUCGCCGUGGUCAUGAUUCUAGCUGGAGUACUACCAAUACCGGUGGUACUGCUUCUCAGGCGAUUCCAAUGCCUGGCAUUCGACGUGGAUAUCCAUCAGGGCUCCAUUAGGAGAAUCGAGACAACCGUCUCCACGAAGGAGAUGAUGAGUGAUCAGGAUUCCUCAGAUAGCGAAGAUGGGAUCCGUACAUCGGGCCGUUUCGAAGACUCGAGCAGCGACGAGGAAAUAUUAAAUACUCGAACUGGACGCCUCGCUAUGAAGCCGAUUGGCCGUAAGCCCACCACAUUUAAAAUGGAUGUUAAUAAUGAUUGACGGGUAGUUUGUUUCUCAAACUUUCGACUACACUGGACUCCAUAGCUGUCCACAUUAUUAUUUUAAUAACUUAUACUUUCCAUAAAAGGAGGAUAUUAUUUUAUCAUUGCCACGUUGGCUAGAAAGAGUGGUAUAACGUUUUAUAUCGAGUAAUGGUGUAUGUUCUUUGUUUUCUCAGUUGCGUCUAACAAAAUCAUGGGAUUGAAAAGAAGUUAUGGCACUUUGUAAUCUUACUUCUUCCUUAAUUCUUACUUAUAAAAGAAAACAAGAAUAUUAGACCCAAUACACCAUUGUUAAAAUACAUCACAUCGCUACUCUAUAUAUGAGUAUCAGAUACUGAAAUUAAAGAGAGAAUUGAUAGACGAUUAACAGUCGUCAAAAGAAAUGGCUGUAGAGUAGAUGAUAUUUCACUGUUACCACCGAAUAUUUUACCAGUAAGAAUAAGGCACAUAUAUGAAAUAGUAAUACAUAACUAAAUACUGCCGAUCGGCUACAAAGCGAUCCCGUCCCGGCAUCUCCAAACUGAUAUUAAAAGUAUUUUUAAUGUCGGACAUAAAACAAUUUUAAAAUAUAUUUUAGUAGUUACAAGUACAGCGGGGGCACUUUUAACGCAAUGGAUUUGGAAUCAAAUAUUUCGAGAUUUAGUCCACAAUUAAUAGACGUUGAAUACAAGGGUCUAUAUAAAACGCACAUUGGCUCAAAUGAGAGGAAGAAAGCUAAGUAGGAAACAAAGAGAUCCAUUUAUUUUUACAAUAUCCUCUAUAUUAUCCAGAGAUAUUAGAUAAGUACAUAUAAUAAUUCACGUGAUAUCAGAGUAAUGACCUUCUGGUAUGUUUGAAUGCGUCAAAAGUUACCCCGCAAAUUUUCGAAAUUGUUUUAGGUGUCUACUCAAAACGUCAUAGCUGGAUUUUGUUUACCAGUUUACAUAGGAUUACCAUUCAAGACAACCAUACAAAUUACCAUCACAUCUCUUUUUUAUCAUUUAAAUAUAUAUUUUAUAUUUGUCUGUUAAUUUCUUUUAUACAUAUGUAUUGAGAUUUUUAUAUAUUACAUAGAGUGAUUACAAAAAAAUUAAUGUUUUUCUCUGAGAAACAUGAGUUGAGAAAUAAUAAAAUAUUUCGAGCCUUCCAUGCUAACACACUACAUCUAGUAUCAAGUUACUAUGGCAGUCGAAAAAUUUUUGUUAUAUUACCUUGUACUUGGAGAAAAAUCUAUUGGUAAAGGAUGCCAAUUAUCUCUCUAUUCAACUCUAUUGGUAAAGGAUGCCAAUUAUCUCUUACUGUAAGUCGACUCAUCUCAUUAUUCACACGGAAUGAGGCAGAGCUAAGUGGGCUUUUAUUUUAGAGUCGUAUUUCACAAUACGCGGUAGCACGGUGACGUACGCAACUCUAAAUACGUGUCAAUUUUGGAUUAAAAUUAGAUCUUAAGAUGACUAAAGAGUGACGUCAUUUUAAAGUCGUAGUUCGCACCGUACUACUGGAGUACUAAAAUCGAAAAAUGUAGCAAAGUAUUUCUUUAAAUAAGGCCUGCACUGAACUAUUUAGUGGGUAUAUAUUACGCAGUAUACGAUGUAUAUUUCACAUACAAAAUUUCUUCUUUAUUUCUUCUUUUUUUUCUUUGUACUUAUUUUUCAGUGUACUUGCUCAACAUAUAUAUAUGCGUUAUAGUAUAUCAUUGUAGGUGUUUUAUUGUGACUAACUGAAGGAAGUAAAAAGUGUAGGUACGCCGGGGCCAUGUCUUGUUGGAUUUAAAAACCUGAGCGUACAUAAAGUGGAAUUUUAUCCACGGACAAUAUAUCCCUGAUCUACGUAAGCUAUUAUAGAAAAUCUUGCAAAAUCAAUUCUAAUACUUAGUCCCCACUACACUACGAAAUCUCAUUUCGUAACUUUAAAACUAGUGAAUUGCAGGCCUGGGUUUAAUACAUUACAAGAUUGAUGUAUUAUCCUUCAAUGAAAGCAAGUGAGCAAUUUUAUUAUAAGACAUACAAAUGUGGUUGUGUUCAGGUUUUUGAUUGCAAUGCUCUUAAAAUUUGCGUACAAUUAACUUAGUAGCCUGUUUAGGCAUAAUUUCUGAUUAUUAUAAUCAUAUAGGUCGACUGACAGAGAAUGUUACGUUUGCCCUUUGCAUCAUACAUUUUUUUUUUAUUCCUAAUGUAAUAAUUAAAUUAAAAAAAAAAGAAACUUUUAGUCAUAGAGCCCAAUUUUUGCUACUUAUGAUUUGAAACUUAAUAACUUGAGAUAAGGUUUACUUUGAAUGAAAUUCGGGCAUUCAUCUAUAGGUAUUAUUCAUCAUUAAUGUAGAAGAUCAUUCAUUAGAUUUUAAGGAAUGAGUGAAUUAAUCAGAUGGUUCUAUUGUAGAAUUGUAGAACUGAGGUAUGGAAAGGAGGGGACGAUAUUGAUAGGUUUUUAUAACGGCCGAAUAAAUAACUUUAAUUUAUAGCUCUGUCUGGGUUACGAUUCUUGCCAUGUCAAAGAAAAAAAAAAGCAUUGCGAUGUAUCAUGUAUUUGAUAAAUAAAUUCCAGUGAGUUACCAGCCGUCACCGAAUUAGUGUUGAUGUCUUAUUUAUAUGGAUUUCAUUCUAUGUAUCAAUGUUCAUUGAGAACCACAAAGGUAAAAACACAAUCAGUCAAAAUAUUCAAGUAUUCAAUUUAUAAAGUACAGGAGAGUAACAUCCGAGUCCUCAGGAAUGGCAACACAUGCGGGGUAUCAUGGGCGAAACAGUAUACUCUGUUAUGUCCGUGGUACUGCUCAUGUCUAUAAACGACGGUUACCACUUUCCAUCAGGUGGACCGUCAGCUUAUUUGCCAUUCUUAUUUGCAUAAAAAAAAGUACGAAUACCCUUUAGAUGGUGUAGAUAGUACCUAAAUACAUGAUAGAAUCGUUCUUUGUACAUCACGUUUCAUUCGAAGUAAUUAUGAUCGAAUUAAAAUAUGACUAAUUUAAUUAUAGGUGUGUUGGAUUUGUAAACGGAACGGUUAAGGAUGGUCAAUAAAGUAGAAUGUUUUAGCGCUAAGUUGUUGAUCACUUUCUAGUGAAUUGUUGAAUUCAUGUCAUUUUACGCACUCAAUAGGGAAUACUGGCUAUUCGGAAAUAAAUAAAAAUAUAUAUAACAUUCUCAGAUAGUUUGGGCAAAUAAAAAAAAAAAUCAUUGAAAAAUUAAUUACUUUGGCCUAUAUUUUUAAACACCAGAACUCCAUACAAAACUACAAUAAUAUAACUGGACUCAUAAAAUUGGUAAUAUCACUCAUAUGGAUAAUUAAGCCGGCAACAUAACACCUGAGUGCAUUUUCUUAGCCUUACAUACUUUAAGUAUUUAUAGUUGAUCGUUAAGCCGUUAAGGAAUCUCGUCAUUACCAAAUUUAUAGAAUUAAGUAUAGACAGUGCUUAUUAAGCACAUUAAAUAUAGUAAACGUAGAAAAAUAUCAAGGAUAUUGUAAUAAAAAUGCUUAAUUAUCGCUAAUCACCGUUAAUAAAUCAAAUUAGUUCGAUGGAGACGCCCUCUGUCACGUGAGCAGCUGCAACAGUCAAUAAAUGCCUCUAACUGUAAUUAAGGAUUAUAUUUGUAAGCAUAUUUUUAUUUUUUAAUUAAUUGUUUGUUUUCUAAAAAUGUAAACGCAUACGAAAACGAUGUCUCAAUCUCAUAUCUGUUACAAUUAAAAAUAACGGAAAAUCCGAAAUCAUUUUUUAGUUAAAAUGGACAAUUCAAAGAACAUGUGUUAAGGAAAAAAUAGUCGAACAUUUUAAUUUAUAACUAUGAAAUAUUAAUAUUUUUAUUUUAAUGAGAUUGUAUUUUAUAUAAAAAACCAAUGGCCCAGCUAGUUUAAGACACCUAUUUUGCUUAGAUUAUUUUAUUUAUUUAUUAUUUUUAUCAAUCAUAUUUUAUUUAUAUCAGCGUAAUGGAACAUAAUGUAAUGCAAAACAUUUUAAUAUUUUUUAGUAAUUUUACUAACCUGAUAUAAUGCCCAGAAUACACCAUCAAUCUAGUUUUACAUAGAGCUCAUAGAUCUAUAUACAUUAUAGGAGGAUGCUAAUGAAUUAGCAGAUCUGAUUGAGAGAUCUUAACAACCUCAUUUUUUAAGCAGAUUGGGCAUAAAGUAAUUAAUACAACAGAAAUUAUUAAAUUGAUAUGACAGUAGGUACCAUUACUGGUAUCCAUGUAUUUUAUAUGAAACAGCUGUGGCAAACAAAUAUAUGACACACAAAAAAUGUAUUAAAAAGUACCACCACACGUCAUAUCAAAUCAAAAUAAUAAAAAAUUAUGUUAUUUUUAUUCUGUGCUAUCCAUCAAAUAUUGUACUUAUUACAAAGUGCAAUAUAUAGUUAUAAUGUUUCAUGCCAAUCAUUAGAUAAUAAUCGUAAUAAUAUGGAUUUAAAUAAAAACUGAGGUAGCAUGGCAACACUAGUGACUCUAAAGAGAUGUCAUUUUAACGUCGCGACCUUAAAAUGACUUUAGAAUGACGUUUCUAUAUUCACAGACGUCACCAUAUACGCGUAAAGACACUUUAAGUGUUGAGCAUUUAUUGUCCGAUAAAUACUCGAAGCAACCAAAUAGUACAUCAUAAUACCUAAUUAAGUAGCUACUCAUAAGUGAUACUUACAAGGGAAUAUUUAUUUUACAUAGUUAAAUUACUAAUUUAUUAAUAAAUUUUAUUAUUAACUUAAUUCAUAUUAUUCUAUUAUUAAAAUAUUGGAUUAUAUUAAUAAAUUUCAGAUUAUGACUAUGUGUCACAAAAGAUUUAAUAUUAAUAAUUUAAAGUAACAAAUUUCAAUUAUAUUGUUCUCUCAACUACGUUAAAAUGCAUUUUAAUAAUAAAAUUAUAAUUAAAAUAAUUAAUCAAAAUUAAAUUUCAAAUCAAACUCUGGGUAAGUAUACACACUGAAGUUUCAAAUAUUUAAUGGAAACGUUAGGUAUUUUAUUAAGUAUAGAACUUAAUUUAAAAUUAAGGGACUGUGUUCCAAGAAACCGUUAAAACACUUUACACUUAGAUUAUAUAGAUAGAGCAUUGAGUGUUAACGUGUCAACAUUUUGUCAGCUAUAUUAACAUUUGAACGAUUUUUUUUUUUAUCGCGCCUAUUUUUAAUUGUUACAAGUACUUGGAUUAAAAAAUUUCCAGAUCAAAUCGAUUUCUUAAAAUUGAAUUGAAAACUAUUAACAUACAUGUAUAAUUAAAAAAAAACUAUAAAAUUUUCAAAUACAUACCUUGCUCUUUCAAAUACAUUCUGGAUAAUUUUGUAUCAUUAUUUUUUAAUUUAAUAUUACAAUGUAAUUUCUCCCAUAUACUGAGUAAUAAAUGUACAAUACGGUUACUGGUAAUAUUGACCUGUUUUUUGAGAUUUGUACGGUGACACUCUAUCUAUAUAAUCUAGGGCUUUAUAUAACGUUAUCAAAGAUUAGACUGGGAUGCUUUUAUGGUUCUAAUUUUAAAUGCUAAUUGCUUGUUAAGAAUAAAAACUUUUAAAAUGUAUGUACCCAAAUCAUUGUUACAAUGAAAUUAAAUUUGAGGCAUCACUAAAUUAAAUUCAUACAAUAUUAGUAAUAUUAUAAUUUGUACUUAAUUCGCGUUUUAUAAACAACUGCAUUAUGAUUGUUCGCUUAACUUAAAGCAAGAUAUUUAUGUUCUUAUUAUACUUAAUAUUAAAUUAAAAAUUUUAAUUCUAUAACUGUCAAAAACAUAGUUUCAUUUGAUACAUUCUUUUUUUUUUUUAAUAUGAACUAAUACAUAAUCUUUAAAUUAUCAUUUUAAUUCGAAAAUUAAUUUCAUUUCCAAACAACAACAAUAAUUUAGUUUAGUGAUGCAUUUAAAGUAACAGUUGGCAAGUUUAUAUAACGAUAUGCCUAAACUGCAAUGACAACCCAGCCUUCACGUAGGUACUUAGAAUACGAAAUAGUUCUAUAAAGCAUGCUCAAACAAGAGCUACGUGUUUUAGUAGAUAGCUUGGGAUCACAUCCCGUUCUAGUUGUAGAAAACCAAUGAUAUUAUAUUAUAAGACUAUUGUAAUUACAUUUUGAAAUGUAAAAUUAAAAUUGCUACAUAA